AUGACAAGAAUUAGAAUGCCAGAUAUAUCUUACAAAUUCCCACCAAAACUAUAUAUAGUUCAAAAUAAACCAAAAUAUUUAAAGUUCCAGUAUUCAUGGCUAUUAAGAUUCCCUUGGUUGGUAUACUCGAUAAAAGAAAAUGGUGCAUUUUGUCGAAUCUGUGUAGCUUUUUCUAAAUCCAAUGUAAAUAACGGACAAAACUUAGGUGCAUUAGUAAAAAAAAAAUAUGAUAAUUGGAGAAAUGCAAUAGUUGAUUUCAAAGAACAUUCUAACAAGGGUUAUCAUAUAACGUGUGUGUUAAGUUCAGAUCAUUAUAUUGAUGUUAUGAAACAUCCUGGGAAGUCUAUAACGUGCAAAAUAGAAACUGGAAGAGCUGAACAAAUUAGAAAGAAUCGAAAAAACAUAUCUCCAAUAAUUCAAACAGGAAAUUUUAGAGAAAUAUUAAGAUAUAGAGCGCAAGGAGAUGACCAUUUGAAAUCAUUUUUGGAAGCUGAAGAUGUUUUACAAUACUUGCAGAUGAAACCGCCGACAUUAGUGGAAUCGAACAAGUAUCUUUAUGUGCACGCUAUUUAG